AAGUGAUAGAUGACAGAGUGGGUUUUCGAUCUCAUGGUGCAUACAGUGAAAGUGUGUGUAUUUACUUGGUAAUUUGUUUAUUUUAUUUUUUGGUUAAUGUCGCGUGUGCUCUAAAGUCUGGCAGUUUUGAUUUUCGAGACUUCGGGGAUGAUCGUCUGAGACACGUGGGCACGGAAUUUCCUUUUAUAUGAACCCGUGUGACUUCCUGAAAGAAUAACGAUUACUUCGUCUUCACUUAUAUUAUCGGAAAAAUUGAGAGAGAAAGAAGUAAAUAGAAAUAAGAUAUAUAUGUGAGUGAAUGACCUCACGUGGGACUGCACUGAGAGCGAAGCUUUGCGCAAAAUUACCGUCAAGUGUGCAAUAAAUCAUAGAACUUCGAUUUUGUUUUCGACCAUUAACAUAAUUUAAUAACAGCACGGCUCAAAACAAAGAAAUAUUCUACAAGAGGACCGAGAUCUAGAAGAAACAGUGUCAUAGUCAUAUUUGCUAUAAUUUAAGUGCUCUCACAUAGCAGACGCCAUAGUUCGUAAUUCCGAGUGGGACGAAAGGAGUGUAUUCUUAUACUUCCUAGCAGUGAGAGUAUUUAAUUCAUGGUGAAAUAUAUUUAAUCACGGAUACAGGUGUUCAAUUUGAGUUGAGUGUAUUCAUGGUGAUUUGAAAAUUAACAGUGAUGUAAAGAAGAGGAAACUGUAUAGAAAAUAUAGUGAUAUCAUAGAAAUAAAGCACUAAGAUGUUAAGCUCACAUUAGUACAAACAUCUCACUCAACCACUAUGGGGUAACGGAAACAACAAUAAACAACUCAAACCUUACAGCAGUCCUACCUCCAAAAAACAAGUGAAAGAAAACGAACAAGAGAAAAAAACGAAUAGAAAAUGGGGUUCGGCGUCUCCAAAUGCAUCUGCACGGACGUAGGAGGCGAGAAGGACGGCGAUGGAGAACCGAGAGAGAAGAGAAAGUUUGGGUUCUCGCCUUACAAGAAGCACUCCAGCCCGGCCAUGAGCAAGGUCGAGAGAGCACUGAAGGCGGCCCUGUUGAUCCAGCGCUGGUACAGGCGAUACUGCGCUCGCUUGGAAAUUCGCCGCCGAUAUACCUGGACGAUCUUCCAGACGAUCGAAUAUGCAGGUGAACAGGAUCAGAUGAAGCUGUACAAUUUCUUCAACGCCCUUUUAACACACAUGGGCACUGGGUCUAUCAACGAGAUUAUGGAAGCGCUGUCUCCUAGAGCUUCGCCCACAGGAGGUAAGAGUGAGAAACAUACGUAUAUCAUUUUUGUGUACGGUUUUUGCAAAGAGAUCAGCCGGAAAUACAAGGCCCCUCACGGCCCAAGGAUCCUACGCCUACUGGAGGAGGUAUACCGCUGGCUGCCCCUCGCCACCAUCAUCGACAACAAAGUGCUGGUGGUCCAUGGUGGCAUCUCCCUCGACACCGAUCUCAAGUGGAUGGCGACGGCGGAUAGGAGCAAGUACAGGAGCGUCCUAAGAACUCCCGCGGCGAGGCUGGAGGAGAGCGAAGGAGAGGGCGAAGACGGCGACGAAAGCUCUGAGGCCUGUAAGGAGGUCAGACUCUUCACGGCGACGUACGAGUGGAAGCAGGUGUUGGACCUCCUGUGGAGCGACCCCCAGCCUCACUUGGGAUGUCGGCCUAACUCCUUCAGAGGCGGAGGAAGUUACUUCGGUCCUGACAUCACUAGGGACCUGCUUAUGAAGAACGGCCUCUCACUCCUUAUCCGAUCACAUGAGUGCAAACCAGAGGGAUACGAAUUCACGCAUAACAAUACGUGUCUGACUAUCUUCUCGGCCUCCAACUACUACGAGGCCGGGUCCAACAGAGGGGCCUACGUCAAGCUGCAGGGCCCUCGCCUGGAGCCCCACUUCGUCCAGUACACGGCAGAUAUGAAGUCUCGAAAACUGACCAUUAGAGAGCGCGUGGGAAGGAUGGAGACCUCUGCCUUCAGGGAACUGCGAAGUCAAAUCAACGCUUCGAAGUCCAGACUCCUACAUGCAUUCCAGCAGAAGGAUAAAGACAACAAAGGGUACAUCACCGUGAGCGACUGGGUGGAAGUGAUGGAAAGAGAGAGUCACCUCAAUCUGCCGUGGCGAGUACUGAGGGAGAAGAUAGUGACAUUGCAUCCCAUCACAGACAUGGUCGAUUAUAGGAGUACCUUCAGUGAGGAAACUUUCAAGAAGAAUUUGGCCGUGAAGGGUGGUCCCACGGUGGUCGAAGCUCUCUAUAGACACAAGAGUAGUAUGGAGACGAUCUUCAGGUUAAUUGAUAAAGAUAAUUCAGGUUACAUCAGCAUGGACGAAUUCAGCGAGACGUGUGAGCUGCUGAGUCGCCACAUCGACGUCCCGAUCCCCAAGGAGGACAUCGCCGACCUGGCCCGCUCGAUCGACAUCAACAAGGACGGAUACAUCGACUUCAACGAAUUCCUCGAGUGUUUCCGCAUCGUCGAGUCGGGUCGUCUGACGAUCGACGAGGAGGACGAGGACGACGAGAGGGACGAGAACGGUGCCCUCAUCGACGACGAGAAGGGGGCUGUUUAGAAGAGGGGCGUGGCGAGGUCGUCUCCUGCUGUCGUUUGAGACUUUUGCUUUCGGACUGGUUCUCUUCACCCAUUCAUUCAUCUUCUGUUUGUGUAUUUGCUCUUUCGUUAUUCCAUUUAUCAUUUGUCUGUCUGUUGGUAUCAUCCUCGACAUCAUUACCUAUCGACAUCUAUUUUUUUAGGUCUUAAUUUCAUUUUUGACUCUGUUCCCAUUCGAACGAAAAUCGUCACUACUCUUCAACACAUUUGAAAAAGCCCGAAUAUUUAAGCACCAGAAAAAGGAAAGAAAGAAAGAUAGAAAGAAAGAAAGAAGACAUUUUCAGAGAUCCUGAAUUCGCACAUGUACACCUUUCAUGACACCCCCCUCUUCACUCUACCCCCUCCUCCUCCUCCUCCUACAUUUUUGUAUAUAUUUAUAAGAUAUUCAGUAUUAGAUUUCAUCUGUGAUUUACCAUCAAAUAUUUCUUCCUGUUGUUAAUAAGGUGGGAACAAUUAUCAUUCUUACAGUCAGCGGUUCUUAAGAAAAUUGCUCUGUAUGAAAGCAUUUUCAAUUUGUAUUAUGAUAACUAAAUACACUGAUAAUAGCAUUUUAUAUCACAA